AUGAGUUUAAAAAUAUCACGUAUUGCGCUUAGUCUCACCGAGAAGUUAUCAAUUUUACACAAAUAUGACUCAAAUCCUUCAUUAGAAAAAACAAAGUUAGCAGAAUCACUAAAUAUAUCGGAGUCUACUCUACGAACAAUUAUUGUCAAAAGAAAAGAAAUACAAAAAUGUGCAAUUGAAGGAUCAAACAAGCGAAAGAAAAUAAAAAAUGGAAAAUAUUUUACUCUUGAACAAAUUCUGAUACAGUGGAUCAACAAAAUGAAUGAUAAUUCUAUGCCUCUUAAUGGUCCUAUUAUUCAACGUAGAGCAUUAAAAAUUGCUAAAUCGUUGAAAAUCACAGAUUUUAAUGCAACAAAUGGCUGCAGUGAACUUCUCAAAGUACUUAUCUGUGCUAAUUCUGAUGGAACAGAAAAAUUUAAUCCACUUGUAAUUGGUAAACCAUUGAAACCUAAAUCUUUCAUUGAUAACAAAUCUUUCCCAUGUGAGUAUUCUGUAAAAAAAACCACAUCGUUGACUAAUGAGGAUUUCUGUUUUUGGGUAAAAAAGUUAGAUAAAAAUAUGAUCAAAAAUAAUCGGAAAAUUCUACUUAUUGUAGACAAUUAUAGUUCAACUAUUCCAAAAGAUAUUGCGUUGAAAAAUGUGGAAUUAGUAUUUUUUCCACCAUACAUUACAAAAAAUCUUCAACCUCUGAAUGUAGGUGUGAUUAAUGUCUUUAAACAAUACUAUGAAAAGCACUAUCUAAAUGUCUUAAAAAAUUCAAACACUAAGCAGCUUAACAUAAUAUUGAAUGCAUUACGCCAUAUAACUGCAGCAUGGAGCAGCAUACAGCCACAGGUAAUUGCUGAGUGUUUUAAAAAAGCUGGAAUUGAAUGUUUUUCUAAUAAAGUAAUUGAUGAUGAUACUGCUAGUGAAGCGAUGGUAUCGAUUAAAAACAAGUCAACACAUUUAAAAAAAGCCAGUCGAGACAAAAAUCUAAUGAUCACAGAGCACAAAUAUGUACAAAAUAGUGAAGACUUAAUUGAUAUUGCUGAAGAUAAUAAUAGCGAUGAAGAUUCUGAUUCUGGCCAAAAUGAAUCAUUAUACGAUACAAUUAAUGCUAUCAAAAUAAUAAGGCGUUAUCUCCCAACAUUAAAAGGAAAAUAUCAAUAUGAAUUACAUUCCGGUCAGCUGCAAUAUAUAGCAAGAUGUUCAACUACGGGUUGGAUAUCAUUCCAUACUUAA